AUGGCACCUCGUAGAAAGAAACAGCGUCUCUCUGAGGGAGGCGCCGAUGCCGUUCCUACCGCCAUCGACGCCGAGCAAGCCGCCAGUGCGCCAACAAACGAUCGCAAAUCAAACGCUCGCAGACAACUCUUCGUUCGUGGUCUGGCCAAGGACGUCACGACUGAGGCACUUACUGAAUUCUUCUCUGACUCGUACCCAAUCAAGAACGCGCUCGUUGUUCUCGACAAAGACACCAAGGAAUCGAAGGGUUACGGUUUCGUCACAUUUGCGGAUGUUGAAGACGCACAGCGCGCGCAAGAAGAGCUCGACGGCGCAAAGUUGCAGGGCAAGAAGAUUCGCAUCGAGAGCGCCGAGGCCAGGCAGCGUGAGGGAGAAGGCGAGAGCAAGGGUCAAAGAAUAAAAGCAGAGCGUGAGGCACAGAAGAAGGAGAACCAGACGCCCAAGCUGAUUGUGCGCAACUUGCCGUGGAGCAUCAAGAACCCCGCAGACCUCGAAAAGCAUUUCCGCAGCUUUGGCAAAACCCACUUCAUCAACCUGCCCAAGAAGCCUAAUGGAGAGUUGCGAGGUUUUGCCUUUGUUGCUAUGCGAGGCAAGAAGAACGCAGAGAAGACAUUGGCGGAGCUGAACGGCAGGGAGAUUGACGGAAGGCCUAUUGCAGUGGAUUGGGCCGUAGACAAGGAUGCAUGGCAGACGCUGCAGAAGACCGAGCAGGAGGGCGACGAGGCUGAGGAGAAGGCAGACGUAGACAUGGACGAUGCUUCAGACGCCAGGUCGACCGACGGACCUUCCGAGAACGGUUCUGAGGAAGACGACAGCGAAGACGACGAAGACGACAGCAACACCGACUACGAUGACGAAGACAUUUCAGAUGACGAAGACGGUGGGGCUGAGCUCGAGGAGCCGAAGCCCCAGCGACCGAAUCACGUUAUAUUCAUCCGCAACCUUCCCUUCACCGUCGAUGACGAUAGUCUCAAGGAGCACUUCCAACGGUUCGGCGCCAUUCGCUACGCACGCGUUGUGAUUGACCGCGAUACAGAACGACCCAAGGGCACAGGUUUCGUAGCCUUCUUCAACGAGGAGGAGAUGAUCGAAUGCCUCAAGGGCGUACCAAAGGUCACUUUGCACACCAAGAACGUCGAACGCAAAGACGGCGCAACAAUCACAACUACGCACUCCGUCCUCGAAGACGCCGAUGCCGAUCCGACAGGCAAAUACACCAUGGAUGGACGCAUUCUCUCCCUCAGCCGCGCUGUCGACAAGAAUGAAGCAACUCGUCUGACCGCUGAAGGUGCUGCCAACCGAUUCAGCCGCGACAAGGACAAGCGCCGUCUGUAUCUGCUCAACGAAGGCACCAUUGCCUCAAACUCGCCGCUCUACUCGCAGCUCUCGCCUUCCGAAGUCAAAAUGCGUGAAGACAGCGCAACGCUCCGCCGCAAGCAGAUUCAAGAAAACCCCUCCCUCCACCUUUCACUCACCCGUCUCUCCGUCCGCAACAUUCCGCGUAGCAUAACCUCUAAAGACCUCAAGCAACUCGCCCGAAAAGCCGUCGUUGGUUUCGCCGAAGAUACCAAAACUGGCAAGCGCCAAAAGCUCUCCAAAGCAGAAAUCGCGCGCGGUGGCGAGGAAAUGGUUAUCGCUGAGAAGAUCCGCAAGAAGCGCGGAAAGGGUAUCGUUCGACAAGCCAAGGUUGUCUUCGAGACCGAAAAGGGUAGCAAAGUAGGGGAAGACACGGGUGCAGGAAGGAGUAGGGGUUACGGAUUCAUCGAAUACUACACGCACCGCAAUGCGCUCAUGGGACUGAGAUGGCUGAACGGACACGCCGUGGAUUACAAAGUCAAGGGCGAGAUGCCGAAGAGUAAGAAGGCACAAAAAGAGGCACUGGAAGACAAGCGGAAACGACUUAUCGUCGAAUUUGCUAUCGAGAACGCAAAUGUGGUCUCGCGUCGCUCGGCUGCAGAGGAAAAGUCUCGUGAGCCAAAACCGGCGAAGGGCGAGGCUGAUUCCGAGGAGGAGGAUGUGGACAGCGCCAAGGGUAGUGGCGGGAAGGGACAGAAGCGGAAGCGCGACUCGAGCUCGGGUGGAGGUCGGGACGCGAAGAAGGCCAAGGGCAGGGAUAGCGGCAAGAAGGCACCAGGGUCAGGUGCGGAAGGGAGCAAGCGGCCUGCUGCAGCAGAGGAGGGCAUGGAUAAGGAGAAGUUGGCGCAGCGGACGCGCAUCAUUGCCCAGAAGAGGCAGAAGAGGAAGGCGAAUCGGGCGGGCAAGUAG